AUGAAGAAAGCAAGAAAGAAAUUUGUAUUCUUAGAAAACUAUAUUGAAGCUGCUUCAAUGAUUACAGAUAAUUUCAAAGCCUUCUGGUAUGUUGAUGGCAUUUGCGAUAAAAUAUUUGGACCAUUUCCUCAUCUGUUAAAAGGAUUGGCUCCAUUAUGA